ACGCUUGCGACACGUAUGGUCUAUGCCACCAUCUUCUCCCUCUGAUUCGCUGCACUCCUUCACAAUCACUUUCAACCGUAAUGGCGCUUCUAGGAAUGGGACGUAGUGUCCCGAAGACCGAGGUCUCCCUCAAACACAUCCUUUUGUCUGAAAUACUUUCCGUCACCUCCGUCAUGCGCAAGAACUCGAGAUGGGCGUCAUCAUUACACACGUUCAGUGCUAGAGACUCUGCACUUGCCAGCAGUCUUGGCUUACGAAGGGGCAGACAAGAUUCUUCUCAUUUUAUGGCCGAACGGGGAAGCACAGAGCAGGAUCUCAUGGGUGGCUUCCAAGAGUUGAGAAGACUUGUGAAGGAGGUCGACGACAUACGUUCAUUACCGCUGACAACACUCCUUGCACCGUUCUUCGCUAUUAUUCGAUCGCCAUUAUCCACGGGACCCAUUACCUCUGCCGCACUAUCGUCACUCCAUAAUUUCUUCCUAUGCAACCUGAUCAGUCCCCAGUCAAUAGAUCUAGGUCAAGCUCUCUCCGAACUUAGCAGCACCAUCUCUCGAUGUAAAUUUGAGGCCAGCGACAGUUCGGGGGAUGAGGUUGUGCUUCUCAAGAUCAUGACCGUAAUACAGAACUGUAUAUGCGGGGACGUCUCGGAAGUGCUGGGCGAUAUAGAAGUUUGCGAAAUGCUGGAGACUACAUUAACCACAUGCUGUCAGAUGCGCUUGAGCGAAUUGCUCAGGCGCUCCGCUGAAGCCAGUAUGCAUGCUCUCGUCCGGACAGUGUUUGCACGUCUACAUCAACUAGAUCCAAUACUGGAAGAGCAGAAGUUACUCGAGGUGACAGACGAAGCCCAAGAAAAUGACGUCAAAAUGAACGUCCAAACGGACUCUUCUACGGCAAUUUCAGCAUUGGCGGUCCCAGAGGACGAUGAUGCUGAGAAGGGCGAAGUCCCUGAAACUGCUGGAGAAGGGCCAUCUUCUCCCACCUCGCCUAUACGCAUGCCUAAAGUUCAAUAUGGUCUUCCAUCCAUCCUUGAAUUGCUGCGCGUUCUCAUCAACAUUCUUGACCCCAGCGAUCAAGCCCAUACAGACUCCACUCGACUGACUGCCUUGAGAGUAUUGAACGUCGCUUUCGAAGUCUCGGGUACCCGUAUAUGCGAGUUCCCCUCCCUCUCUUCGCUUGUUCUGGACUACGGCUGUAAAUUUCUUUUCCAACUGGCUCGGUCUGACAACCCCGUUGUCCUUCAGACAACUCUUCGCACCGUCUCCACUAUGUUUGAGACGAUGCGCCCAAAGCUCAAGAUGCAAUUGGAACUUUUCUUAGCCUUCACAAUUGAUAGACUCGCUCCACCUCCUUCAGCGAAGGUUUCUUAUGCGAAGAGUCCUCGACCGGGAACCCCGUCACUUGUUAUGCCUCACGAUCCCGAUAAACCUCCAUCUACACCUCGUUUGCUGGUUGCUCCUGCUCGUGGGGAUACUCGAGAACUGCUGCUAGAAACUCUCAGCCUUCUGUCGCGGCCUCCUAGCUUCAUGGUGGAUCUCUACUCUAACUAUGACUGUGACAUGAAUUGUGAGAACAUGUUCGAACGACUUGUGGACUUCGCAACUAAGGGUAUAUAUUCCUCUAAUUAUGGUCCCAACCACGACGUUCAAGCGCGGAAUGCGCAAUAUAUCUGCCUGGAUCUUGUCCUGGCGCUCGUAAACCACAUGUCUGCCAGAGCUGAAGGUGUGAACGAAGCCUGGCCAUUUCACUUCAAGUCACCAGAUGAACUUCUGAAGACUAAAUCUCAGAAAAUGCUGGUCCUCAAUGGCGCCUCUCGGUUUAACACGAAGCCAAAGAGUGGCUUGACAUUCUUAGAGGAGCACAAGUUGAUAUAUACAGACUCUAACGAACCUCGUCCUCAAUCGUUGGCUAAAUUCUUGAGAAGCUGCAGUAAGCUGGACAAGCGGCUCCUUGGAGAUUACAUCUCGAGGCCAGAAAAUAUUGACUUGCUGAAGGCAUUCAUGGGACUGUUCGAUUUCAAGAAUAAAACUGUUGCCGAUGCAAUGAGAGAAUUCAUGGAGGCAUUCCGCCUUCCUGGAGAAUCACAACAGAUCAAUCGCAUUACCGAGACCUUUGCGGAGGUUUAUUUUGCCACAGAGCCAGCGGAAGUCAAAUCACAAGAUGCCAUUUAUGUCCUUGCAUACUCAAUAAUCAUGCUCAACACCGAUCUUCAUAGUCCUCAGAUAAGGAAAAGAAUGUCCAUUGAAGACUACAAGCGCAACCUCAAAGGAGUCAAUGAUGGGAGCAAUUUCUCCGAUGAAUAUCUGCAAAACAUCUAUGACUCCAUCCGCAAACAAGAGAUUGUGAUGCCCGAGGAACAUACGGGGCAGGUGGGAUUUGAGUAUGCCUGGAAAGAACUUCUUCAACGAUCGAAGAGGGCAGGUGAAUUCAUGAUCUGCAACUCAUCUCUGUUUGACUUCGAGAUGUUCAAGACGGCUUGGAAGCCCAUUGUCUCAGCUAUUGCAUACGCCUUCAUCAACUUCGAGGAUGACUACAUUAUUGAGCGCGCCAUUUCUGGCUUCCGUCAAUGCGCAACGUUGGCAAGACAUUUCAAUAUGCCCGAUGUCUUUGACUAUGUGGUCGUGUCUCUUUCCCAGGCUACGUCUCUUCUUCCAGAAUCACUCCCUUCGCAGGUUCCAAAUUACCCAGUCAUAGAGAUUGAGGGCCAGACAGUCACAAUCUCUUCUCUGUCUGUCAAGUUUGGGACCAACUUCAAAGGUCAGCUGGCGGCUGUUGUCCUGUUCAACAUCGUCAAUGGCAAUGGCAACGCGUUGCGUGAAGGUUGGACUCAAAUUUUUGAAAUGUUUGAGAACCUUUUUCUGCAUUCGUUAUUGCCGACAGAAAUGCUACAGAUGGAAGAUUUCCUUGGCGGUGUUUCCACGAUUCCGUUGCGUAGAUCGCAACCUCCUCGUCCCACACAAAGAAAUGACGGCCUUCUCUCCGCACUUUCGUCCUACCUGAUGACCCCCUAUAAUUCCAGCACCGACGCGCUCGUUCCUGAAGCUACGGACUCCGACGUCGAAAAUACUCUUGCGACGAUUGAUUGCAUCACAUCAUGUCGAUUGGACGAUCUUUACAAGCAAAUCCUGCAACUUGAUCCUGAAGCUCUCGUAUCUGCCCUCCGUGCGCUGGAAGCAUUGGCGCAUGAGCGGACCGUUUUGAAGUUGAGGCAGGAGGCCGACGAUGUUGUUACUCUGGAAGCUGGUCAGGAUGGGACAUAUUCCCUCCCGUACGAUCCUGCCUCCGUCUUUCUCUUGGAGACUAUGGUUAGCAUCACAUGCAAGACUCCGCAACACAUUGAGGACCUAUGGCCGAUCAUCAACGAGCAUUUGUCUGCCCUUCUUUCCACACCAACGCAGUAUAGCAUCCUGCUCAUCGAGAGAGCUGUCGUGGGCCUACUAAGGAUUUGUCUCAUACUUGCAGACCAGCCAUCGCUUCGUGACCAGUUGUACGUUUCGUUUGACAUUUUGGCAGGUCUUUCUCCAAGUGUAUCGAACGCCGUGGCCGAGCAAAUCGCAGCUGGUUUUGUCCUCCUUGCUACCAGACAUAAGAACAUCAUCACUUCUCAAACGGAAUGGAAGAUGGCAUUUGCACUGCUGCGCUCUAUCGUCCCCCAUCCUGAAGCGUCUCGUCAAACAUUCGACUACAUCCAGUCUCUCAUUGUAGACGGCCCAGAUCAAUGUGUCACCGCUGACAACUUGGCGGGGCUCGUGGCAGUUCUGGACGAGUUCGCUAUUGUAGCCGGCGUAGUUACCGAUGCUCAACAACAGGGUCGUCGUACCCAGUCAUUAAAUUCCUCAAAUUCGCCUAUCGUCGAGAGAGGGUUGAAAGCCGUGGAGAUGUUGUUCGACCUGAAGAAAUUCUGGGCCACCUUAGCGGAGAAAACAGGUUUGCAAAGGGAACAAGUUUGGCGCCAGAAUUGUCUACCACUCCUUUCCGUCCUCGCUCGCCAAUCUACCAACACCUCGAGGGAGAUUCGCCACACGGCAAUAGUCAAUUUACAAAGGAUUAUCUUGGGACCGUAUAUCACUCUGGAUCCGGAAGACCAGUCUCAGAUUGAAGAACUAUUCAACAGGGUCAUUUUCCCACUCUUGGAUGAGCUCUUGAAGCCGCAAGUUCUACUUCGUGACCCCAUGGGAAUGCCAGAAACCCGCUUACGCGCUUCAGCCUUGCUGUGCAAAGCGUUCAUGCAUCUGGAAGCAAGAGAGAGCCAGAAGGCAGAUAUCCGAGUCCUGUGGAUACAGGUCCUUGACCUCCUGGAUCGUUUCAUGCACGCGGAUCGCAGGGAUCAACUAUACGAGGCUAUACUCGAAUCCUUGAAAAACGUCGUGCUAGUCAUGAAUGCGACUGACUUGCUGGUUCCUCCAAUUCCAGGAGAGGAUACACGCGACGCCAGGCAAAAGGCCCUUUGGGCAGCUACACAUGAGAGGAUAGAGCGCUUCCUUCCUGGCUUCCUGGCAGACGUUCUGCCAUCACCAUCACCUCCUCCACCACCUCCACCGCCAACUACCCGACCGCCUCCUCAGGCAACAGCAUCAUAACCUUCCUUUGUGUCUAUUUCACUUCUGUAAUCACUUUGCUUUCGAGAACAGUAUUUAAUUGCAUCAUUCGUUUCUUGUUCGUAUCUAUUCGUGACAUGAGAGGGAAAAAUGACGAAAUAAAGAGAUGUUGAACAAUACAUAAGAAAAUCCACCGAGGACUCGAUCACAACACAACAACGGCGAAGACAACAACAGCAAAAAAGACACUGAAAUUACGAUUAGUUGCAGAUCAAAAAAAGCCAACAUAGAAAGUCUCUCCGCGAUGAGGAAUAAAGUAGACCAUAAGGAAAACAGAAAAACCGAAAGCAGUUGGGGAAGCGAGUGGGACAGAAAGAGUACCAGCAGUCCAGGGAUGGAAUAUUAAAAACCUUAAACAUUCGGCCAAGUUCCCUCCGCUUUUAGUCCGUCAAUGAUCUCCUUGAUGGUCUCAUGGUUGAUUUGCGGCCGGCGAAGCUUG